AUGGCCACGGUUUCUGAUGUCCCGUGCACCAAAGCUGUUGUUGCUGAAGCACAUUCUACACGAGGCGAGGACUUAAAUCGGUCCCAAAAUGCGCAAGUUCAAGAGGAUCGGAAUUCUAAAUCCACAAGACCAUGCGGUGACCAAAGCAGAAAGACAGGUCGCGCAGCGCCGCAACGCGGAAAAAUGGAUGGUGAAACCAAGACGAUUUCUGCGUGCCUCCGAAAUCCUGAGCUGUGGGACCUAUUUCAUAGCCAAGACACCGAGAUGAUUAUCACCAAGGCGGGAAGGUAUGUAAACGUCUUUCAUGGUGACUUCUUGAAAGAAAUCCAGGUCUACAUUUGUCGUAUAAAUUCAUGUAGCAAAGAGUUCAAUAGUACGAUUAGAUGUUUUUCAAGGUCGAUAGAUUUGUGCACCUUACCAAGGCGAUGAAAUACUCAAGCAAGUUUUAAAACAUUACAAAUUUGAAUUUUCUCCAAGAAGAGGAGGAAACAGAAGAUCAAAUUGUAGAGAAAAUUUUCCAGUCUCUUUAGAUUAUUUGCAUAGGGUCGGAUGCACAAAAUACAUUUAGUUUUCGCUCGUCUAUUUUGGACCUGAUACAGCAUCGCAUUUGAUCACGAGGAACUGAAGUUGAUUCCCGUUAAUCUUUAAAGUCUUAACUGUGGACAAAUUUUAAAUUUAAUUUUUUUCCAAGCCACAUAGAUUUCUUUUAUACAAUAAUUUGACUCCUUUGCAUUUUUUAUCGUUAGACGCAGAUUUAUGCAAAAUUUUUGGUGUACUUUUGUUGAGGCAUCAGUCCUACUCUGAUCUCCCCAGGGAUUGAGAGUAAGAAUUUUUAUUAUCAUUGAAAGCAUGCUCCGAAUAUAAAAUCAUUCCAAACAAAACCAUUGAAAAGAAUUUUAACCUAGUGAAAGUAAAAUUGAUCAAGAAGCGAUCCACUCCUUUUGACUGUGGCGUCAAACAGAUUGCACACCUUUUACCCGACAACCGCAAAGCGAGGGGUGGGGCCCAUUCAAGUUUCUGGCGUUUAUGACUUUCGAUGGCAAAAAUAGAACUUACAUGUAUAUGGUUUGCAACGCGAACUUAUCAUCUCAAAGCACAAAAACUGUUCGUAUCGAAGAAGCUGCCAUCCCAGAAAAGUAAAGAGAGAAAAACUUUCAUGGCGGUGAAGUCUUGGACGUAAGGAAUAACGGAAGUGACCGAUUUCAAAUUUCAUGCAAAUGACAAAUUUUUGAACGGACAAAAACCUGAAAAACUUGCAUGGAUCUGCCUUUCGUUUACACGGGAUCCGCGGAAGCGUGCAUGUUUUUGAAAGGAAAACAGUUCCGCAAUCUGUUACAGAAUUUGCACAGUUCGGUGUAAACGGUUUGCGCAGUUAAAAAAUCCGUCCUUUCAAAAAAUUGUCAGGAACCGUCUAAACGGGGUGUUAGAAGUAUUAGAUCCUAAUAGAGGUUCAUUAUCAAGCCCUUGCAAACGGAGGCAACUUUGUUGGAUGUUAUGGGUUUGUUGCAUAUUGUUCCGUGUUGUUGGGAAUUGUUGCACAAAGUUUUAAACCGGUCAAACUUUCAGCUACGUGCAACAACUGUCAACAUUGCUGGGCCAACAAUGUUGGGAGUUGUUGCGUCCGUUUGCACGUAGGGGAGGGCUGGACGAGAAAGUGAAGCGAAAAAGAUUUUGUUCGCGAUAGAAAAUGAUGGUCGCGCCUCCAUUUCUCCAUUUCUCUCCCGUAAUGAUUAAUAGGGAAGGCAAGUGCAACCUCUGAAAACAUGUUUUGUAUUCCAGGCGCAUGUUCCCAGUCCCAGACUUUUGCCUCGCUGGACUCGAACCAAACCAGUACUACGGCUGUGCAGUGGAAGUGAUUGCCGUCGAUUCCUUGCGCUAUCGCUACAAAAGUAACCAGGGAUGGGUCCCUGCGGGAAAAGGGAUUCCAGUAGACGAGGCCAACAGCAAGUACCUUCAUCCAAACUCGGCCAGCCUGGGGCAGUACUGGAUGCGUGAGGGAGCCAUUUUUGACAAGCUCAAACUGUCAAAUCACAUUCACCCAAGAGGCGGAAACGUAAGUGUAGAAUAACGAGAAUGAUUAGAAUAAGCUAUGGAUCAGACAGAGAUGGUAAUCUUUUAAUAGCUUAAAAGUGAAGAGCAAAACCAAAAAUUGAAGUUAUUUAGAAUAGGCAACAAAGUUCGUGCGAAUUGAGACUUGACGCGCAUAUAAUGAUUCUUGUUUUUCAAAACCCGCGUUCAAUGGGUAAAACGAAGGAGGACUGGGUACAAGUGCAGGUACUAUGGAACGUUGUUCAUUUGGCCUAUGUUAAACACGAUACAGCUAAAAAAACUUGAAAAUUUAAUAAGAGAUGAUUGCCGGAGACAUUGUCCGCACGUUCAUAUUUCUUAGCAAAUUUUGGAGUUUUUGAAUGGCUGUAUCUCGUUCAAUAUAGGCCUGAUACUCAGACACCAAGCUCGAGGUUUUUUUUCAAAAUCUGUUGGUAAAUUUUGUUCUUACGUAGAAACAGGGGCACCCAACGUCAAUUUUCGGAAAAUAUCUGUUCGGAAGAUGAUUUGAGAUCUAGAAUUUUCGGAACAUUUGUUGUAAAAUGUUUUGCUUGCCUGCCUCUCCUAGGAUUUUCGAACAUCUAAAAAAUGGUAUAAUUGCCCAUUUCUGACGGAUUUUUCCCCUAAAAAGGUCACCUAGAAUUUUCGGGAGCCUUUUUUCUGGCUAAAAUUUUCGAAAAGAUAAGUUUUGAUCCCUAUAAUUUUCAGAUCACUAGACUUUCAGCUAGGAAAUCCGAACAGAUGAAAAAUUUUUAGGGGAUAAAAGUAUACCUAUCUCUGCCGUUCAAAUACUGAAUACAUUUAACAAUGCUAUUUUUAAGUGGUUUUGAUCUAUAUUCUCGUUUGGUGCCCCUGUAGAAAUUGAAUGGAAAUUCAGUGGAACUAUUGGACCUAUUGGGUAAACUUAUAGUUCGGGUGGGGGUCUGGAGUACUCGCCUCCAAAGACUGAAAUAAGUGUAAUCAAAUGGUGACGAGUGAAAUUACGGAAUAAUUUCACGCUCGUUUACUUUUGUCCAAAUCCUUAUAAUUUCCCGAACUCUCCACAUGUGAAAUUACAAAUUAACGCUGAAAUUUCGCGCCAAAAUGAAGGAGUCAUUCGUCACAGUUAGCUGGGAAACUGACAAGCUAUUUUAUUUUCAGAUCGUUAUCAACUCCAUGCAGAAGUACCGACUGAGGCUUAUUGUGACUAAAAUGGGCAUGCGCCAUUGCGACCAAUGGGUGUUUAACUUCCCGGAGACCCAGUUCAUCACGGUCACUAGUUACCAGAACCCCCGGAUGACUCAGCUAAAGAUUGAUAACAAUCCAUUCGCUAAGGCUUUCAGAGAGGGAAAGAGGUAUGUUAACAUUUUAUUUUUAAUUAAAGGUUUCAUUAGAUGUAGCAGAAAAGUGGGAAACCAUCAUCGUACACAAAUAUAGUUUAAUCAGGAGCUCCUAACACGGAUGAGCAACUCUCGUAGCAGGCCUUUUAGACACGUUUUUGGGCACUUUUUUCCCGCUCAAUAGGGGUGACUAUUGGGGAAAUUUAACUAUUGCAAUUGUUUUGCAUUAAGUGACGUGGAUAUUGCGAUUUAGUAUUGCGAUGGUGGAGGUACUAUUGCAAUAGUAUUGCGAUAGUUUUCAGCCUUCCCCUGUUUUGUUUUCAACGAUUACAAAAUUGGCAGCCCUGUUUGAAAUUUGAACGAACCUCAGCAAUUUAACCCCCCUCUAACAUUAGACCCAAAGCGGUUCAAGACUUCAAGAAGCUUAGACUUUUUGUUGAUAAUUGUGACCUUGAGAAUCAAAGAUGGGUAAAAAGGGCGUCUUUACUUUCCGAAAAAGUUAAAAUGUUAGAAGUGUAGAAACUAUCAAAACUAUCGAUAGAUUGGUACACUAUCGCGAUUGUUGUCAAUGUUUCAUUUUUACUAUCGAUCUAUCGCUAUGGCACCGUUAAUAUCGCAAUUAAUCGAUAGUUCGAUGUGUUGUUACAGCCUUACCGCUCUGUCUAUGUUCACAUUCAAUGUAUGAGAUAUAUAAAAAAGGAAAGAUAACGUCUUUGAAAUGUUUGAAAUACCGUUUUCAGAUCUUCAGCGGUCAAUUUAUAAAACUUUUACACCUGUAAUUUAUAAGGGUAGCCAUUGUUUUAGAGUCCGAGAACAAUAGCUACACUUGUAAAUUACACGUGUAAAAGUUUUAUUAAAUUGACCCCAGGUUUUGCUUAUUAUUCUUCUAGACAUCAGUGAUGUUCUAGAUUAGCGCCAACAUCAUUCUAAAAAUAUAACAUAGUCCGUGCAUGUGAAAUCCGUGACACGAGUUACCAGUACGCGGAAGUUACAUGCUCUGUAUCAUGGGCUCCUGGUUAUUGCGUGCAAAGAUUGACCAAUCUUUCUCAUGAAUGUUUUUGAAUCGCUAAAAGUUAAGCAAGAGAGAUCUUAAAUUACUGCAAAAGGCCAACUUCAGAUUGGAGAUCAAAAUUUCUCAAAUUAGGGAUCGGAAUGAACACAUAAACAAACACAACAAACAACAACAAUCAAAAUUUACCCACGUAACAGUGACGUAACACAAGAACUUAUAGAAGCUCGCUUAAAGAGGCAUAAAAAUGUUCAGAUACUUCUUAUGGAUGAACUAGCGUAAAACGAUUUAUUUUUCCAAAAAGUAUCACCUGGUACACAUAAGUAAACGUAAUCCUCGUCUCUUUAAUAAAUUAACGACCUCACUUCACAGGCUUAAACAGAAAGGGUAUCUAAUAGCUUGCACCUGAACUCUAUACUCAGUUUUGUAGCAGUUCCAAGGAGUUAAAAACAGCGUGAAGAUGGUGUUCAAACGUUAUGGGUCUCCGGCGAGCUUAGUGGAAACUAGUGGGUGUACUAAAAUUUUUUAUCGCGAAAACACAUCCGGCUAUAGGAAGGGCGUCUUUGAAAGAGGGGGCGGAUGUGCGAUUACUGAGUAAAACUGAUAAGUGGGGGAAGUUGAAAGACGCGACUUUAGGGCGUUUCCGCUUAGACAAAUUUGAAGCAUAUUUCAGCACUUUCCGACCAAAAAAUGACUGCUCUGUACUGACAACUACCGGUACUUCCAUUUAUAGAUGACAGUUAUUUUUCACUGUUUCUAGAUCAAGCAGACAAGAAAGCACCGACUCAAAACCCAAGAAACGAAGAAUCCGCUUCCCUUCUCCACCACCGAUAAUUCGCUACCAGACCCCCUUUAUUAACUUCCUUAGCAGCCAAGAUCAACCGCCAGUGACCUCGACUCUACCUCCUCCGCCACCGCCACCACUGUCGCACGACUGGCCCGAAGAAGGUUACACUACGAGACCACUGCACGUAUCGAGCGAUCUGCCAUUUUCAUGGGAAAGAGACGACCUGAUGGCGCCAGCUCAGUUGUCUGCAAUUCCUUCCAUGAGCUCAAGUUUCAAAGUCGAAGUCAAUGGCACUCUUCAUUGGCGCGAAAACUACUCCUUCCCGCAUUUUGAGCCGCCCGCCCAGGAAGAAUUUCAUCCUCAGUUUCCCACGCCCUGCUGGUCGGCGCCACCUAGUUCAGCAUUCAGUGUGUACGAGGAUGCGCAGAUGCACAUGCAGCACUACCUUUCACGUGACCAGUUUUGGCGAGAGUGUUAAGAUCACUGAUCAAACCGAGAACGAUGAGCAUCUGCUUCUAUUGCUCGAAAACUAAAUGAAGACCAACUGCUAUCGGGACCGGAAUUGUUCCGUAAAGUGUCCCUGUGAUUAGAAUCAUUUGUAUUUUUAAAUUAAGCCAUGUGAACAAUAAUGAACAUUUAGCAUACACUGACUUCGGUUGUAUUUUCAGCCUGCAAGCAUUUGUGAAAUUCCUUCAUAAGAUUUAUAGCCAUCGCUAGCUUCUGAAAAGUGCUCCGUACUCUUAAUUCAUAGUCCUACGGAAUUCCUAUUGUGUGUUCUCUCACACUUGCCUAUCUCAGAAAUAGAUUUUUUCUUUCAAAAAUGCUUUCGGAAUUCACUUUUAGUUUUCCUAUAUUCCAAUUAGUAUAUCUGGAAUUUGUGUAGGCAUACGAACUUAUGCGCAUGUGCUUAGUCCUAACUAGUACUAUUUAAAUGCAACUUAGUUUCUGAUAGUCGUUUGCAUAUUCCUCGUGUCAUGACUUUUACAAGCAAACGUUUGUAAAAAUGAACCAGGUAGACAGAAGCUUUAGUAACAAACUUCUGUUAUGAAGCGAACAAAAGGCUUAAUGCGAAAGAGACACAUAAAAAAGGUGUCAAUUGAUUUGUUAAUAUUUAAAGAUAUUACUCCUCUUUUGGUUACAGUUUGGCAGAAAAUUGCAUGACAUUGUAGAGAUCUCAGACUCGUUUUCAGUCGCAAUAAAACUGAAAUGUAUGGAAUAUUAUUUAUUACUUCUGGCGUCUCUUAUAUAUUUUUGCUACCCAAAUACUAAAUCAUGUGAACGCAUGCAAUAACUUAGCCUGCGAACCGCAGACGCAUUUCCGGUACUUUUCGGAGGGAGAGAAGCGACGACCGGAAAUGCGUCUGCUGUUCGCAGGCUAGCAAUAACUUAUCUCUAGAAAAAUCCCCACUUUCAAGAAUGAGGCCAAGUGCACAACCUUAAUUUCUUGUGAAAAUGAUUUUUAUCAUCAUGAGAAUGAAAAAUAAUUUCCAUAUCAAAGGCUGAGCACUUAACCUCGUUUUGAUACAGAGGCCCGGGGAAAUAUUGAUUGGUCGUUGCUUUGGCUCAGAAAUUGGUGUGAGGAAGUCGGGUUGGUUUCUAGCUUUAGCUAGCCUCUUCCAGGCGCUCAGACUGGAGGGAUUGGCUAGGGGGGAAGAGAGAAGCGAAACAGGCAAAACCAAACAAAAACACGGUUGUGAGGAAAUGGGAGAGAAGACAGUCAAAUCCACUCUCCCCAGUUUCCCCUCUGUUUUUCUCUUCGUCCUCAGGAUCUUUGGUGAGAGUGUUUUGUCCCGGGUGGCUCUCCGUGAGUUUGGCCAUGGAUUCAUGUCAGAUUUGUAUACUUCAGUCAGAUAACAAAAAAUAUGGAAAAUAUAUAAUAGAGAAAAUAGCCUAUGGAUUUUAGCAUUACAAACCAUCAAUUGUUGUCUCGAUGUCGACAUGUCGAGACAGAAAAAAACUCAAUGAUAAGAACUAUACACCGGAAGUCACGCUCCUCAUAUUACAGUCGCGUAUGUGCACAUGGAUACUAUAAGUUCAAAUGUAAUAAACAUUCCAAAGCACUGGUAAUGGAAAUAGGGAUGACUUCUAAAUAAACACUGUAGAUAAACAGCAAUAAGAUAAAAUCAACUUCCUAUACACAGGAUACUUAACAUCAAAACUAAUGGGUCAAUAUGCCCUCAAUGCCCCCCGUGUGCGGGAAAGGGUAGUCGAUCAAGAUUUGGGUUUUGGUGAGCGUCAACAAGGCAAAAAAAAAAAAAUAGGCUUCCUAGUAUUUUUGUCAUCCUUUUUUAAAGUACUGAAAUCUUUUCAAAAAGUGAAAUGUGUGUUUCUAUCUCAUGUAUGUAACUAGACUGCAAAACAGUCGGUUUUUUCUCAAAAUCAGUAAAGCGUGGCGUAAGAGUCUUACGCGCGCGAAGUCUCCCUCUCUGUUUUCAGCCUCGUUCCAGACCUUUUGUUUAACUGCUCGCGCGUACUUGAAUACGCAAAAAUACGGACUGUUUUGCAGUCUAGUCCAGUCAAAAGUCCAGUCUAGUAUGUAACUAGCCUUCGAAAGGCAGACGUUUCUCCUCGCUCAUCACCGCUGAGGGACGUUAGGAGAAACGUCUGUUUUCGCAGGCUUGUUUGUAACCAGAACCUCAAAAUAUACCGGAACUUCCUCUGCUGUCAGAGUGUAUAAUUUUUUUCAAUUAUUAUGAGUGCCCUUGGGAAAAUGGAUCUAUGCUUUCCUUUUUCUUUGAUUUAAGAUGUGAAGAAUAUCCUUUUUAGCACUGUUUUUCAUUCCGAAGAACGUCCGAAGAGAUUGCGAAUCAGUGAUUGAAUUUGAUUGAAUCAGUGUUUCGAAGAUAACUUCCGGUCUAGUAUUUCAUUUGUAUCACGUGGGUCGAUCUCCUAUCAAGUCCAUCAAUGACCGUUGUCUCUUCAAUAUGAGCCUUGUGAUUUCGCUACCAUACAAUGCAGGUUUUUAUCCCUGAAAGAAUUUCUUUGAAAACUUUAACAUGACAAACGAGGAUUUUCUUUCACACUACACUAGAAAGACGCGGUUUUGGAACCGCUAAAUCACAGAUAAUGAUGCCUGCUCAAGAUUCAUCGACCUUUCAAAGCCCCCAAGUGAGUAACUUGUUUUCUUUCGUGCACGCUCAUUCACACAAAUAGCGAAUACUAUUUUUUAAGUUUUGCUCACACCUCUUCAAGUAUUCUUUGGAUAAUAGAGAUUUGAAUUAUUUUGCGCAUAAUUCCCUUGUACAUUGGUUAGCGAGAGUUCGGUGAUCGCUUAGCAAUGGUGACUUGUACAAAUUGAUCCGUAUCAUGCUUAUUGCAAUCAAAUGACUUUCAAGCGUCGAUCUACAAUUCUUAUUAUAUUUCUCAGCUUGUAAAACCGUCCUUAUUCUACAAGUCUUAAAAUUGUUUAACGUCCAUGUUUAAGGGAAUAGGUGAGCGAACCUAUAGGACCAAAACUAGCUUCCUGCCGGAAAUUCUUUACAAAUUAUUUUGAACGACGACGACUUUAAUUUUUACUCCGUAAAGAAGGAAGUUUAGUCUUUGAUAGUAGAAAUUCGCGGUAACUUUGUAAACGUUAGUAAAUCAUACUUCACCUUGUUUUUUUAGAGAGUUUUUUGGAAGGAGCAACGCGAAAAAGACGCUGUGUAUUCGAUAUCCUUGAAGAGGGUGCGAUAUCGCUCUAGUGACAUCUUUCUGCCAGCUUCGCCAGAAGAUGAAGAAUCUAUGUCUGGUCUUCAGUGGGAAACACUGCGUGUAAAAACAAUUAAAGCCGGUUCCUUGCCCAAACUUGUUGAACACCUUUCACCCAUAAAAGUAGCAUCGGAAGAACUGGACCCUGGAUUUCUUAUUGCGUUUCUAAGUACCUACAGAACUUUUGCCAAGACUACCGAAGUUGUAGAUCUUUUGUUCGACCGGUAAGUAUGAUAAUAAACUCAAGUUAAGCUUUUUAAAUACUGUACUUUUGUUUACAUUUUUACGAAUCUUAUUCGUUUGAUCUUUCAUUUUCGUAUGACUAUAGAUUAUUUUGUGAAUUUCCCUGUUCCAUUACCCCUGAGGUUAUUAUGAUGUUGUAGCUAUUUUGUUUUAGUUAGUCAUGCCAUUAUACAGUUUCUUUGUCUCCGUGAACAAUAAGCUUACACAUUUGCAUUCAAAGUCAGUAAGGUUCUACAUGCAUGGUAAUUCAGGGUCGAAUUGAAUGGUAAACAUCGUCGUGAAUUUUAAGUAAUUGUAAACAUUAAUAACGAGUUUCUAAGUUUUUUUUCCUCCGCUAUUGACAAGUUUUCCACAGCACUGAAGUGGAGAUCACGAGUGAGAUCAUCUUUACGUCAAGAAUGAUUAAAAGUAUUAAUUGUUGAUAUCAAUUAAUUAUUGUUGUUAAUGGAACACCAACAGGCUAUUUUUAGUCUCACAUUUGUAUUACAAAAGAUGUCCAAAACCUCUCAAUACGUUUUUUUUUGUUUUUUGUUAUGAACUAAAAGCCCAAGUUGUUCAAGAUGGAUGAUUGAGGAAGUUUUCCUGACAGGGAAAAAGUUUUCUAUUGCUUUUAUAAAAUAACUUUCCCGAGAAAAGACGUAAAACUCUUUGUAUGGCAGUGAUUGAAAGAGAAAUUCUUACUAGUCGCAAAGUCUUGUCCACAAAGUCUUGCAUGCAUAAUCAGUUCUUGUUUUACAAAAAGAUGCUUUACAAAAUAUGUACUUUUCUCGCUUAAAAUGUCAGCUUAAGCGAAAAAAAAUUGACACACUUUCUUUGUAAAAAUUUUCCAAGUUUUAGCCAACAAAGGAAUGGGUAAAUAAAGUAACCUUGACGAGUUUUGAACUUGCAAACGUUUUCAAAUUCGGGCUUGUGUAAUUAGUGCGCGAAAAGCAAAACAUCUUGACGCCACAACCAUGUUUACAUACUCUCAUGCAAACACUACUCUCAGCCAAUCAGAGUGCGCAUACUAUCUUAGUUAUUUUGUAAUAAAGUAUAAAGAAGUGGUUUUCCCUUUGAUUCUCAUUCUCUUUGCCGUUCCCAAUAUUACUGAAAUAGGCAUUCCUAAUUGAUUCAGAUGCUGGGGGGGGGGAGGGGGGACUCCCCUUAUUUCGUCUCAAUGGCAAAUGCUGCUGAAAGCCUUAUUGAUUUCAGAGUCUUGAGUCUUAAACUGUGUAUACAAUUUCACCAUUAAGCAUCUUGAACAGGGUGUCUUUUUAAAUCCAAAGCCUAUUAAAGAGUUGGAAUGUUGGCAAUGAGUAGUCUUCAGUCUUCAAAUUUUGAUACCAACAAUGAAUGUUUUUUUCAAUAAAUUUAAUUCCAUGAUGUUUGAAAAAUUUUAAAAUAAUCAAUUCUCUGUGCGAAACAAAAUGAAUCAGGGUCAUGAAAUUAGGUCUCUUGUCUUUAAAAAGGGUAGAGAAAUGACCCAUUUUUGUCUCAAGCAGGGUCAGGGUUGAAGUCCUUAGUGGCACACCCCUGUCCACAGUUCCUUGAGUGCCUUCUCCCUCUCCAGCUGCUCUUUGUCCCAUCUGUCAUGAAAUCUCUGGGUAUUUUAUUCAUAAAUUCUAGUCACGUUGCUUUAAUUUUUAUCUGUAGAUAUCGACUGUUCCUUCGCAAUGAUUCUGGGGAGAAAGAGGAGGUCAUUGAAGGUGUUCUCAGGUAAUCAAACAAGGUCCUAGAAUAAUAUGUCCAUUAAUCGAAUCUGUGAAAAUGGACCCUUAUGCAUCCCCUGUUUCUCCAACGUAAGAUAGUGCCUGUAAAUUUUCCGGAAGUAUCCAAGUCUUGGUGAUAACUUUGAUUCAAAUUUAGCAGACCAAAAAGCUUCUAAUUUGAGGCAGCCAAAUUUUAUAAUUUAGUAAUUUAAUUGUUUGUAGGGAAGGAAUUAAAGAUCUCGUGCUUAACUGGGAACUAAAGAAAGACAGACUAGGGAAGUAAAAAAUAUCAAAAAUUAAUAAUAAUAUUGAUAAAUGGACAGUCAUAACUGAGGUCUACGGCUGUACUUAAAGCACAUGGCUAUUAGGCCUGGGUUUAAAACUAUUAUUCCAGCAACAAGCAUUGAAAGUUCAACUAAAAUCUUUGUGCAGAGUUUUUCUCAGGGUUGUCAGAAAGUUUUGAAGUAGACGGCUGAGUUGUCAAAGUAAGCGGCCAGUCCAGGGAUAAGUUAUGUAAAAAACUCCAUCUGUAAAGAAAUGCCAAGCAGAGUAGCCGGCCGAUACUAACCAAGUAGGCAGCGAUUUUCACUGGCAGCCGGCUACUUUUGACAACCUUGUUUUCUUGAGUCUGCUAGCUGCCAGGUGAGUCAUUGCGAAUUAAUUGUAUUACUUAAAUUUCAUGUUCUGUCUUUUGUCAGGGGUAUUGUAUCAGUGUUUGCUGUUUGGUUGGAGCAGUUUCCAGCAGAUUUUGAUGAUCCUCCCAAGUACCUAUCCCUGAAUAGAAUGCUCCAUUUUGUAACAUCAGAGGUGAAGGAGAACCAUAGAGAUGAGCUCACCAAGAAGAUCAAACAUCGACUGGACAAGUUUAGAAUCACGCCUUAUGAAGAUGAAGGUAAGACACUGUGUAACUUAAAUCUGUAGACAGAAAAGAAAAUAGGAGUCGUCAUGAAGACAAGCAGUCAAACCUACCCCUCCCCCCAAGUAUGCUUAUGAAAAUCAGACCACAGGGGGUCUCUUCCGAGAAGAGGUCCAGACACAUCUUCUUUGCAUACAAUAUCUAAGUUACAUAUAAUUAUCUGUCACCAUGCGUCAAGUUUGUAACCAGUGAGCAAGCUUUUUGUGAGGGGGGUGGGAGGGGGGGUCUGGUGGAGGGGUGGGAAAAGGAAGGAGAGCUUGCAACUACAUCUCUGGAAUUUGAAUGUCUGCAUCAAAAAAGUCGAUGUGGAAUGCUGAUUGGUGGAGAUGAUAUUAGUAACAGCGUGCAAAGAAAGUAGUGUCAGAUAGCUGGGGGCUAGUGGAUUUUGCUAUCGGGCUAGUGAAUUCUGUUUUUAACUUGUCCAACGGGCAAGUGAUGUUUUAUGAGGAGUUUGAAUAACAGAAGAACACAAAGUUUUUGGGGCUAGUUGAAAUGACGUCUGGGCUAGUAAAUGCUAGCUUCAGCUUUCCCAAAUGGAAAGCUUUAAAAAUGAUUUUCUUUGCACCCUGAGUAAUGAUGUCAUUACCCUUGGCAUGUGUUUUUCAAUGUUUGUUUACAUUCGUGCUCAUUUCUGCUUUGCGCUGAUUGGCGGAAAUCUGACAGCUCAAUCAAUGAGGAGCCACGGGAAUUAAUUGGAAGUGGAAUUAAAGUUCCAGAGACAUAGUUGCAAGCUCUCCUUCCUUUUCCCUCCCGGACGCCAGAGUGCCCUGGAGAGCUUGCUCGCAAGCUAACUUACAAGAGGAUAAAAACAAUGGGAAACUAUAAAACUGUUAGGCCAAAAAAGUGGUCACAGUUGCUUAUGAGAGGUAGUUGUUUAGGAGAUGCUCUUAAUUACAGGGCUUUGACUGGGAAAAUUUUGGCAUCUGACAAUAGCCUGUGCCACAGACAAAACUCUGGUUAAGUCCGUCUGCGAAACUGUGUUGAAAUCCUUGUUGUGGGCCCCCACCUGUGUACCAGGAUUUGAGUGUGUGCUAUGAUUAGCCUGCUAAAGAAGCCAUUGUCGAUUUGCCAAUCAGAUUUAAAGGAAAUUUGAAACGCACUUGCAGUAAUUUGUGGAGUCCAUAUGGCCAUUGGGGCCCAGAACAAGGAUCUUGGCACUGCUUAAAUUAGGAGACGUUACUAAACAGGACGACGCAGGCUCAUCUGACAAGAAAAAUGUUAAUUUUGUUUUUGCUAGAUUAUGAUUUUGUCACCUUUCACCUCCCUGUAUCAUCAAAUAUUAACAAUACUGAUGAGGUUGACAUGUGUCCCAUCCAAGAAGAAUCUACUGAUCCUAAAGACCUUUUGGCUAUUGAACCUUCCCACUGUGCGGAGCAGUUAACAAUCAUGGACGCUGUAAGUAAAUUUUGUAGCUACAGUGUUAGCCUGCAUAGCAAGUGUUUCCAGUUGAGUUAUUGUGCGAAAGUUAGAGCAGGAGCGAAAAAAAAAUGGAAGGGGGAAGAGUGUGCAGGUUAAGCAGGGUCUCAUACAGCUUAAACUCCAUUAAGCUUAAUUGAUUACUGACUCUUAUAAUUUUCAUUUUUUAUUGGCAUGACAAAAAAAAAUCAUCUCACUUGGCCUUAAGCUUGUCUUCUUCAGGAAGCUUUUAUGGCUUUCAUGUGUGGAAAAAUCAGGGGUCUGUAUUAGUGCAGUUGUAUUUUUUUUAAAUUGGUCAUCGAGGCUGCCAUUAUUAUGUCGAAAAAUAUACUUGCCCUUGCUAGAUUUUACUUGCCCAUAAUCAUCCCUUUAAAUAACAGACAUUAGAUCAGUGUCUCAAGAGUGUCUUUAAGUGAGGAAGUGAUCAUGAGGUGUAUGCAGGGUUGUCAGAAAACUUUGAAGUAGACAGCUGAGUUGUCAUCAUCAUCAUCAUCAUCAAAAUGUUUUUUCAUGAGUCCAUGGGAUCACAUGGCUUUUUCCAAUAUACACCCCAUCAUUAGUGGCAGAGAAGUAAAUAUUGGGUGAAUGAUGUCCCCCAGAACAUUUUUGAUAUAAUCUGGGUAGGAUGUCAUUGGUCAACCCAGGCCAUUAGAGUGUAUUAGUGUCAUGCCAUUUUCCAGAGUUUAAUCUGAAGACAGACUCUAAAACUCUGACCAUUGCAGUUCACUGAAAAGGGUUCAGUGAAAAAUAUGGUGAGUCCUUCAUAUUGAAAAAAAGUCCCAGUUCAAAAAACAAAGACUUUAUGUAAAAAAUAAUGAAGACAGACUUAAAACAACAGUUUACCAAAAGAACCUCUUCUAUUGAAAAGCACAACAAAGAGUAAAAAAAUAAUGCUGUUCAACCAGGGGAUAAUGUUCUAGACUAGAAUGGUAGCUUCACUGGCCAAAAACUUCACUUGCCAGUCAUGACAAUCAGUCAUGCGCGCACUCUCAAAUCUUGAAAAAACAGCGAAAUCCUCACCUGUAAAUAUCCUCUUUGUAAAAGUAAAAUCAGGUUCACAAAUAGAAAAUUAAACAAGGAUAAGUUAACUUUUUUCCCAAUAUUUUGACUGGCCAGAAACGAGAUUUGAUUGAGCAAAAAUUUCUUUGACCGAGCAUCGUGUCCUGUCACCGUUCAAAAAUUAUUUUGAGCCCGAAGGACAGCCUCAGAAAUUACACAAACAAGACAUUCUACAAAAACAUCUUCAGAUCGAUCAAUCUGAAAGAGUAAACUGUCUGUACAGUCAUGCAAUAUCAUUGCUGAACUGAUUUUUUAUGGUAGCACUUUUUUCUGUUAAACAGAAGCUGUUCAAGAAAGUAGUAGCUUGGCAUUGCCUUGGUUGUGUAUGGGGUAAGAAAAAGAAGGAAGGGAGAGCCCCAACCGUAAAGGCCACAGUUGACCAGUUCAAUGCGGUAUCUCUCCGUGUCAUCUCAUCAAUCCUUACCUCCUCAAGUAGCAAGACUAGUGGGCCUAAUACAAGAGGAAAAUAUAUCUGCUGGUGGAUUAGUGUUGCCCAGGUAUGUUAACUACUGUACAAACGUGCUCUGUUAAACAUACUAUGCAUGUUGUGCUGCUGGGUCUCUGAGACUCUGGACCUGCCUCAGACAAAAUAAGAUGAAUUUGCGACUCUGUACUAGACAGUAGUAAAAACAGGAAUCCUGUUCCAGAUAAUAAGCAUAACAUGUAUUAGAGAUGUCUAUAGUAAAGGAAAUGUGAGAUGUGCUAAUGUAGCUUGGAAAUGUAUGUAACCUCAUGAUGGUAUGAAAGUGGCCUACAUUAUUAUAAUUAUUAAGAAGAACUAAAUCUUGGGUGGUUUCCUUUGUGCCUAGCUCAGACGAGGGUAAGCAUUUUUUUGCACUUAAGCUUUAUCAAGAAUAAUCAGGGAUUAUGGGGAAAAUCAUCCUUGUUUGAGAGUCAAACUAAAGUAAAAUAAUAUUAUACCCUUUAAGCUUUUUCUGAGGUGAAGGGUUUAUUUUUUUACCCUGUUCCAGAGUCAGAGCAACAAAAAGCAUACCCUGUUAAAUGGCACAUUACCCAUACAGCCGACCCAUAUAUAGAAGUCCCCCAACCCCUGGGGAUUUAGGGUGCCUAGGGUUUCUAAGGGCUUCCAGAGGGUGCCAGUGCUAGCAAUUACUGAAAAUUAUCCAACUACACACAAGGUUUCCACGUACUUUCCUACCUACCUGUUUUUGUCACCCUGAAUAAACUGGAAAAAGGGGAAAUGAGGGGUGGGCAACUGAAGACUAAAGACUGAAGACUUAGUGAGCAAAGAAAUUGAACAACUGCCAUUGGCAAACGUUGUUGCAAACCAUACACUCAAGAGUUAUUGAGGAAACUUGUUUGAGCAUGCUCCAGAUAGAUACACUGCUGACCACUGGGCAGUAGUUCAAGACAAAAUUUCAGUCUUUACUACACUUGUCAGAACUUCUAAUCAGCAGACACAAUUAGGACUAGAUUGUGUCAGCAUAUUAUUGCAGGGUAAGUAUAAUUCUUGCUGGGGCCUCACGAGGUGUCUAUCUACAGAAUGUCUCUUUUAGCAAAGGUUCAACUGUCAGUACAGUGAUGUCUUGUGUAAUAAUUAUGUGUCAUGUUACCUAGUCAUGCAAAUCCUUGAAUAUACUAAAUAUGAACUAAAAUAAUGUCCAAAGUGGUGCUUAAUGAUAAGGUCUUUUUAUGUCUUAUAGGAAUGCAGAGAUCUAAAGAACUUCUCAUCAGUUAAAGCUAUUUUAUCAGGCUUGCAGUCAGCUCCAAUACACAGACUUAAAAAAUCCUGGUCUCAUGUCUCAAGGUAAUAAAUUGUUUCUCCAUUUGUCUGGCCAGUUGUAUACUGUUUUGGGUAUUGACCCCUUUAACCCUUUAAGUCCCAAUAGUGACCAAGAUCAAUUUUCUCCUAACAAUAUCCAUAGACUGUCAAGAGAUAAGUUAUGAGAAUAAAUAAAAUGAUCACCCAAGAGAAAAGGCCUUGAUCUAUCAUCAAAUUCUCUCAACUAAUUUUUUUAAGGAAAUGUAUGAAGAUUAGUGUGGAGAAUUUGUAUGUGGAUACUGGGGCUUAAAGGGUUAAGUCCCAAGAGAGGGACCAACAUCAAUUUUCUCUGAACAACAUCAAUGCAUACAGUAAAUCCGGGUUGUCAAAAGUAGCUGGCUGCCGGCAAAAACCGCUGCCUACUUGGUUAGUACCGGCCGGCUACUCUGCUUGGCAUUUCUUUACAGAUGGCGUUUUUUAAAUAAAAUAUCCCUGGACUGGCUGCUUACUUUGACAACUCAGCGGUCUACUUCAAAACUUUCUGACAACCCUGCAUAAAUCCCCUAUUAAGCCCCCCUUCUCAAAUAAGCUCCCUCCCUCUAAUGAAACCUUGUCUCUGUUAAGCCCCCUCUUCCCUCCCCUAAUGAACCAAUAAAUUAUAGACUGUAUUAAUCAAUCACGACUGUUAAACUUCAUGUGGACUGAUCCAGGAUGGUCUAUUUACCAGGUGGAUUUCAGAUUUGAUUCUGAUUCUGGGCUGCAUGACCUAAAACUUCUUGUACUUGAGCUUUUCCACUUUGUAUUCUAGUUCUUUAUGAAGUACUAAACCAUCGUCUUUUCUAAAUUAAAUAAGCCCUCCCUCUCAGAUAAGCCCCCCCCCCCCCUCAAAUGGGUUUGAAAUAAAAACCCCCCAAAGCCCCCCCCUCAAAAGGAUUUACGGUAAUAAAAAAAAAGGUUAUGAGAAUCCAAAAAAUGAUCACCAAAAGGAAAAUGUUUUGAUGUUUUAUCAAAUUCUCUCAAUUCGUGAAAAAAAUUCAUGGAGUUCAGUCUCGAAAAUAAUAUUUUUGUGUGGGUAUUGGGGCUUAGCGUCUCAUCUGGUGUCAGGGGAGUAGGAAUACUUCAUGCAGUAAUUAUGGUUAUAGGGGAGGCACCUGAGUCCCUUUCUCUCAGUUAUACUGGACCGAAUGGAAUCCUGUCACUGUCAUAAUUAUUUUACUGAAAUCAGAGUAAGGCCCAGAGAGGGCCCUAGCUAGCAAGCAGGCAAGGUGAGGCAACAGCUUUAUCUAGAUUUCAACUCAUGUUAAAAAAAUGUUUGAGUGGUAUAAUAGUUGCUAGUUGAAUGAGGUUGAUUUUUUGAAGAAAUACCUUACAAAAAAUGCCGAAAAUAGUGUUGCUGAGCUUCUAGUUUGAAUUUUUUGGGGGUUUGCACCUUUAUCAUUGGCAAUUGCAGAUCUUGCCUUGUCCAUGCUAAGAGGUGCGUGGCCUUGGCCGCAGCUGGGUGGGUAUUAACCUUGAAAUCCAUCAAAACCACACAGGCUAAUAAAAAACUAAGCAAAAACAACAACAAAGCAACAACAGCGACAGCAACAAGAAAAAACAAUAAUUGAAAAAAUCAAAAAAUGCAAUUUUGUUUUUCCUCUCAGGGGUUAAUCUAACUACCCUAUUAACUACUUAGCCCUAGGAUACCCUCAAUAGAAUUGCCCCACUGCAGUUACUGAUAUUUGAUUCUUUAUCAACUUUUUGUCAGGGAAUGUCAAUCAUUGUACAGUGAGUUGUCAAGCCUUUUUUCUGAGGACAGCAAUCAGCAAAGUAGUAGAGAAGUUCUUAUGAAGGUAACGUUAGGUACUUAAUUAUGGUCUUGUCACGGUUAAGUUCGGUAAGCACAGUGUCAUGAAAUUUCUAUAAUUUUAAAAACUGGGUUUGGAAGUGUUUACCUCCAUCCUUCAGGAUAUCUCAGUAAAACUUGUACAUAAUGCCAAGCUAAUAUCAACUUGUGUUGAAGAUUCUCGAUACAAUAGAUUGCUUGAUUUCUUGUUGUUGUUUCUGUGCCCAAAGUUUGUUUUAUUAAUACUUUUAUUAUUCAACAGGAAGGUACUGCGAAGUGGGCCCAGUCAGAGUCAACUUCACCAACAAAAAAGCUGGCAAAUCUGAAGAAACGCAGGUCUAAAUUUAUGGAGAUGGUACGGACAUUUUUGUACCAUGCAUAGUAUUCAUAUCCGUUUCGUUUUAGCCAUGCAGGAGAAGCGCAAGAGUUGCACAAGGGGAGUGGGGUGGGGUCUUCUUUCCUUCUCCGCUACGCCCCUUUCACUCCCCCCCUCCUAUUUUUUUUGCUCGCCCUUGCGUGGCUCCUGCACUUUUCCUGCUCGGCUUAAAGGAAACAGAAAUGACUGCUAAGCUGGUUAACGUUUUUGUGAUGCUUGAGAUUAGUAUUAAAAAGUGCUACUUUUUAGCAGUGAAAUAAAAAUAUCUAAAUUAUUUCUCUCUGUUUGGUUGAGAAAGCUGAGGAAUUUUUAUGUUUUGUUUUGAAGGGAAUUAUUCAGGGUACUGUUCCAUAUUUAGGAACAUUUCUGACAGAUCUUAUGAUGUUAGAUACAGCACUUCCGGAUAUGACUGAGGUAAGGAAACUGACGGCUAAUAAAGCAGUGUUGCUCUGAAGUGUUGCAAAUUUGACCUCUUUGUGGCAAAUUGCCAUUGAACGUACAGUUUACUGUAAAUCCUACACUAAACCCUCGUGGGUGUUUUCCGUCCAGACAUGUCUGUAGUCUGCGAAAACAUCCGUUUCUCCUCGCUCUUCGCCGCUGGGGACGUUUCGUGCGGAGGAACGUCUCCGCGCGAAAGAUCCCCAGCGGCGAAGAGCAAGGAGAAACGGAUGUUUCCGCAGGCUAGCAUGUCUCACCCAAGUUGCUUGAUGAAGCUAGGCAUGGAGACAGUGGACUAGUUAAAAGGGACACCCAACGACUGUUUUCUGUAAAAUAUCUGUUCGGAGAAGCAAGUAUUGCCUAGAAUGUUCUAUUUCUUGAGCACGGCUACAAAUUUCUAGACGACCGCUACAUUCAUUUAUAAUUUUCGAAGCUCAACUAAUAAAUUCCCUCCGAUUUUCUGAAGUUUAAUUUUUCGCAUUUCACUCCGCAGAUUAGGUUAUUUUUCAUAGAAAAAAAACUUGAAAUUUUUGGAUUAAAAAAUGUGAUGGAAAGAGGAAUCUGAUCAGAGAAAUUCUCUCCUUCGUAAUACGUGAAAUUUCAUCUAAGAUUUUCGAGAAAAUAAUACUGAAUCCCUCGUAAUUUCGAAAAGACUCAAGUUUCCCUAGUAUGACCGAACAGAUAUAAAUUUUAUAGCCCCACUGAGCAUGCAUUUCUAUAGAUAUCCCCUGGAUAGCCUAAAAAGUGUUUUCAAUGUAUUUCGGAGGAAACCGUCGUUGGGUGCUCCUGUAGUUAAAAGGGAGUUUUUAAGCAAAGGCUUUCUGGUGCAGCAGAUGACAGCCGGAAGUAAGGUUUUUUUUUUUCGAUAUUGUUGGAUUAGUGUUGGUGGUGUCUAGUUACUCUCGUAAAUACGAUUUGCCCGAAACUUUGGGCAAACCACUGCCCAAGAACACUCAAAUUCCACUUAUGGUUGCUGUCCAUCGGUCAAAAAUACCUUUACCGAAGCUCCCUUAUAAUGAUUAGCGAGAGUUGGGAGGAGUGACUUGUGUAAUAAUUUUUAUUGCAAUGCAGUGCCUGCUAGCUUACAAUGUGGUAUUUAAUUCUUUAGAAUUUUAUUUGAAUAUUUGAUUUUGGGUUUCGAGCCUGAAAGGUUACUGGGACUUUCAACUUUACCCCUUCUGAGUAAAAUUGUAUGAAGCCCAAAAGGUAUGAACCUCUGAAGCCUUUCAUGCCAAGUACAGUGUGUAUAUAAAUUUUGGCAGCUGUUGGAGCACAUCCUUGGCUUAAUUUUCUCCCGGCUCUUUUGGCUGUGAUAGCAGUGGAUAAAAUGUAUUUUUCCUUAUUCCAUUACAGGAUGGAUUGAUCAAUUUUGAUAAAAGAAGAAAGGUAUGGUUGGAAAGACAACUCAUCCGCUUGUGUGAACCAGUUUGAAAUUGUUUCACUUUGUUUAUAGUAGUUUGCGCUAUGUGACUAAAAUGUUCUGCGUGCUAAUGUGAACGUGGAGUUUUCAAAAUAACAUAGGGAAAGGAAAAGUGACUCGCUUCAUUUCCUCGGUAAAAUCCUGAACUGGGUCAUUUGAACGUGCUCGUUUGGAGAGUAACGGCUACGGAAUCUAUCAAAAUGCAAAAUGAAGGUGCCAAGUUAGGGUUGCCACUAACAUUUCAAGUUACAGGGUAAAUACAACAAGUAGCUGGGGAAUCAAACAACUAGGGAUUUUUUUUGGUUCUAUUUUUCUUCUAUUUUCCUAUGAAAGUAGCCGGGGGCCACAAUCAUAGUAGCCGGGGGAAAUCCCUGGCCUUCGCCACUUCAUGACAGCCCUGUGCCAAAGUAUCGUUUGUGAUAUCAAUCCUGCGUUAUGCCGUUAUCUCUGCAUUUGCUGUCGUGGUUGCUGCUUAAAUUCCCUUAUCACUGAACACUCUCACUCCUUUUCAGUAUUAAACAGACCAUAUUUUGAUAUACCCAUCUCACAUGUGGUAAUCCACUUCCAUUUAGUAUAGUAUUUAGCCACAUUUUGUUUACAGGAAAAUGCUUUCAAUAAAUCUGAUUUUACAUAACAUGGUGUUAGGUUUUUGUUUUAUUUUUCUACUACUACUACUUUAUUUUUCAGGAGUUUGAAAUUAUUGCCCAAAUAAAGCUGUUUCAAGAAGCUGCGAAAAAUUACGACAUUGUCCCCGAUGAAGCAUUUCGACAUUGGUUUGAUAAUAUCAAAACAUUUUCGGAAUCUGAAAGGUAAUAAAAAAUAAUGAGUCGUUCGACUUUGUCGAUCACAGAUUUGUGUUCAGGAUUUUCCUCGCCCUAUUCUUCUCGCCACGCCGCCAAAAUUUUUCCCGAACUCGCACGCUGAAAAACUACAAACUGCAAAACAAAUCUUUUCUCCUGCAUUAACCCAUUCAUAGCCCAGAAGUGCUUAAUCGCCCGUAUGGAACCCCGUCUAUGGUCCCACUUCUGACAUAAUCAGUUUUGAAAGAUAACUUUUCCUGUCAACUCGUGCAGGACAUUUAAAUGAUGUUCCGAAUGAUGCCUGAAUAUGUGUGAUUUUCUCCAAUAGUCCAACUUUGCCUGGAAAAUUUGAAUGAAGAUCUUGAUGCACUACCCACGUUCCUUCCCUUUGAAAUAUAGUCAAGGCCCUUAGCCUUUUCGUGCUUUCCUAUGUAGCAACAAAGCUGAGAAGUAGUAGGGAGGAGUGGGAAGUUAGAGCAAUAAAACUGCAUUUUUUGGCACCAGAAUGAAAGCUAGUGUAGUACUCGACGAGUGAACAACGUUUUGGGUAGUACCGCUGCUUUUUGGCCGGCCUGUUCCGGGUGUAAGGUAGUGGGGGUGGUGUUCUUCAUUUCGCGUCACUCUUCAUAAUCUGAAAAUCUGGACAGUCCACUUUUUGGCAAGAUUGUAACUAGAAUAAGGGCAUGCAAUAGCAAAAUUUCUAGGGACAAAUAAGUCAUUCCGGAGUUCGUAUUCCUAAAAUUUUGAAAUUUUCGUGGACAAAGGUGCCAGCGAAACCGCCAGUUACACCAGCUAGAAUCUUACGCCUCAUUUUUAUGUCAAGUUUUCCUUGAAUCCUUUUCCUUGUCGAGCAGAACCUGUUCGCAGAAAUGGAGCUUUUUUUAAACUACUAGCUAAAUGAAAACCGCGCAAACUGUUUUAGCUUUGUCGUAGACAGGUUGUUACUGUACCAAAAGUAACCAGGGAAGAAGGUCGUUUCCAUUUGUAGGUUGAAGAAUGGAUAUCACUGAUUUUUCUUUGCUUUUUUUCUUUUCGCAGCUACAAGUUGUCUUGUAAGGUUGAAAAAGUGGAACUUAAAUUUACGAAAAAGAAGUCUACCAAAAUAAGGUCUGUAGUGUUCGAGUCCUAAUUUGUUAUAUCAAUAUUCAAGACAAGCUCCAAUUCGCAUUUCGACGGUUUAAAAGCCAGUGGUAUGGGAAGGUACUGCUGAAGAGGUGUCAUUUGGAUCGUUACUCCAUAGGAUUUCAUCCACGGACUCAAAAGUUAGAACUGCAUACUAAAUGAAAAGCAUACCAUGCGAAAGUACUGCCUCGGAAGAGGUUUCAUGUGAAUGGUUAUACCAUAGAAUUAUCUUCCACUGUGAUAUUAUCUAGCCUGAAUUUCAUCCGAUUACUUCGAGCCGUUAUUACUCCCUCAGUAACGUCUGAAUCGAACUGCCGUUAAUGCCGUCCAGUGACGUCACUCACUACCCGAAAACAGGGUAGUGAUUGUCUAAACAUUCGCAUAAUCAUGUAUAAUUAGGAAAAAUUUAGCGGGAUUGUCGCUUGAUAUUCAGCGUAUCGCUUCUCUGGCAUUCUUUCGUGUAGUUCAAACAUUUUGAUAAGCUUAAUCUUUAUCUUAAACAGCAAAAAUACCCUUGUCUUCGAAUUGAACUGCGAAUGAAGAAUCGUUGCGUAGAGACGGUAGGUUUUUCAUUUAGAGCCGCUUUGUGGUUUCGGCCGCUGGUGAUUUUGUUUACCCGAAGUUUUCUGAGAUCGAUGUUAUAAUUCGACCUUCUUGCUAUUUUCACCGUCAAGUGUAAUGAUUUUGUUAGCUUUUCUGUCUUAAUUCCUUGUUUCUUUUCUUCGUUAAGGACCAAAUAGUUUCUUUUCAGUUAAAGAAAAUCAUUGUGUUUUUGAACUAAGUGUUCCGUGUGUGUGUUCAGUUUCAUUGCGCGAUUGCGACCGAGUUUGCUUAUAGAAUUCAGUACAACUGGUUCAGAGUUGUACUGCAUGCAGAUAGUUGUAACGUUAACAUGAAUUACGAUGGAAAAAAAUAAAGCAGUUCUGUAUCAUGCAGACAUUUCCAAACGAUAUUUCUCCGUUUGCCACUUGAAAACCAUGUUUCACUUUUUGCAUGAAUUAAAGCAAAGGUCAAGGGGUAGUGACGUCACUGGACGGCAUUAACGGCCGGUCGAUUCAGACGUUACUGAGGGAGUAAUAACGACUCGAAGUAAUCGGAUGAACUUCAGGCUAGAUCUUAUGGAAAGACUCAAAAGUUAGAGCGUCAUCCUCUCUAAAUAACGUUAUUUUUUAGCUGCUUUUACAUAUCUUGAGCCUCAGGAAAGUGGUCUCUGAAAGCAUAGUUAUUAGAGGAGACUGGUUAUGAAAAGCGGUAAACAUCAAUGAUAAGAACAACAGUGCUGCAGUUUAUGUUGGAAGUACCGUGAAAGUGCACAAUCCUUUGUUUUCUGUUAGCAAAUUGUUACGGAAUAAAUUAAUGCAACGUUUUUAUUGGUCAAUACAAUCAAAAUGGUAGGAAUUCUUUUGAACGUUGUGCACUUUCAGGUCCACAAAAACAGUCUGACGGGUUUCAUAACCAUUCCACUCAAUUAACUAUGCUGAAAGGAAUUCACGAUCGUAGCUACCUUGCAACUAAAAGUUUCUUCUUUGUUUUUCUUUUUUACCAGACGAAUGUUGAGUGAACCCGACAUCAGUAAGUUGAACCUAAUGACUCAGUUAUCGGCGCAUACUCUCGCUCCACCGCCUGGCGAAAAACAGUGCAAAUCAAACGAAAAUUCACCCGUCAUUGCUCGUCGUCACCAGAGAAAUGUAAGCAAGUUUACUGAAGAUCGCGGCGAAACACGCUAGUAAAGGUCGAUACACACGAGGGAGCGUUUUCAAGUUCGCUCAAUUUGCGCCGGGAGCUUGCUUCCAAAUAUUUAACCGGUUAAAUAUCGUGGAGCAUUUUGCGGGGGCGGGGGGGAUAUUCUGCUCCCGAGGAUGAAGUAUACCCAUGAAAUCGUUGGUACGCACGGAGAAGCUUUGCUCCCGGAGCGUGCCAUUGGAGCAUGUUCCGGGAGCAAAAUCCCUCGUUUGUAUCGGCCUUAAUAGCCCUGUCACAUUUGUCAUAUCAGUACUUACACCGUUUUCUUCUUUCCGCCGUCCUGUUGUCUACUAGAGAGCUUUAGCAUUGACGACGGCGACGGCAGCAAAAACGUCACUUUUAAAAUGAAUUCACGUUUUUUCAAACUUUGUUGCGUUUAUUCCAAUUCGAUGAGAAUGUCAAAUGUAGACGGAUUUUCUUUGGAGUUGAUUUCUUAGGGACCGCCCUCAAUUUUAGAAAGAGAAAGAAAAGUUUACGUCCUCCAUAAAACGUAAAAUUAGGCAUUUUCACGUCCAAGUCGUGCAGCAAAAAAAGCGUGAUGCACGUGCAAAGUUGCUGCUUUGAUUAACAAACCUAUUGCUUUUUUGACGUCCUUGUUGCCAUCGUCGUUGCUAAAGCUAAAGAAACAAUAGGUUUAAAGAAAACAACUCUGCCUGUACAUCACGGUUUUCUUUAAACUUCUUUUACGUCCCCUGCACAACUACGACGUGAAAUGACCUAGACGGGUCUCUUGAGAACGUGAACGGCUAGGUGAUAUUUUUUAUUUUAUCUAUCUGAACUCUAUUAAGUGGAAGGCGGCCCUUUCUCGUUAGCUCCAACUUCAUUUCUCAACAUUUAAAAAAAAACAGCUGGGAGUAAUCGCGGAAAAGGUUGAAUUAAGGGCACAAAGUCAGUUCUUCCGUGGACUUUUCAUUGGUGUCGCCCUAGUUGUUUAUGUACGACACAUGUAGGAAAAUUAUCCACUGAGUUACAGUUAGAGAUAGUCAGAAUGCGAGUUUGUUGCAUUUGUGUGCAAUGUUGUGUAACUGCAUGUAUACGGGCUUUGGUUGAUUUUCAUUAUCGAUCAAUUGACAGAAUUCUGGAUCAUCGUCAUCCUCAACGUCCUCUGGCGUGUCAUCGUGCUCAGACACACCUUCCUCGGCUCUGAAACCCACCUCAUUCUCCCUCCCUCGUGGGCGCUGGCUGCCCACAACACCAUCCUCCUCCUCUUCACCUCGCUCUUACAAAAUAGGUUUUUCACGGCGGUCUUUACCGCUGCCGCCGAACUCUCCACCCACCAGAAUACUGCAUGUCCCACCAAGUCCAAUCAAUAGAGCGGCACACGCGGGAUGUAUUAUUCGCGUCAGUAUAGAAGGAAUGGAAGACAAGAGCUCAAGUGGUGUCAUCUAUAGAGGCAUCUGGGUAAGUAGGAAAUGUCGACCAAGUUUUGUGCGCGCGCGUGUGAAGGCCAGGCCCCUUGAAUCUUCUCGACCUUCAGCAAGUAGGAACAAGCCAAAAGAAAAGCGAACGAGAGAAAAACCGGGAGAAAACUGGAGGGGGAGGGCUCGCUUUUUUGCUCGUCUACACCAAUAGGAAGCCUAAAGCACCCCUCCCAUUUCCUAAGGGAAAAGCCCUACAAGUAGCUAAGUUUUUUACGCUUGACUUUAUUUCUGUUGAGAUGGUAUAUUUUACGUUAUUCAUUUUUACGUUUAUAAUAAGUGAAAAAGCAUAAGAGUCGAAAAAGAGAGAAAAACAGAUUUUCUUCAAUGGAAACCAUUUCAGUUCACGAACGCGGGUCCAUGGUGUUGACUUUUAUACUUUUAUUUGACCGUAGUUUGGUUCGGUACAUGAAUGCAGUCUUGAGAUGUGGCGAAUAGCCACACGUACAUUAGCUACCGUUUAGUUCGUGGUUUAUUUGAUGUUUUUGUGAUUUACAGCUGUCAGAUGAUGAAAGAACUCCGUCUGUCAUUCGAACGUGUCUAGAAAAACGAGAAAUGGGGGGAGACCCUGGCGAUUACAUUCUUGUACAGAUUCUAAGGGAUGGAAGUAAGUCGUCAUUAACGUUUGUUGUUUUCCUCUUUAGUAACUAUGACGAUGAUUAUUUUUUUUAGAAGUCCAUCUCCUGCGAGUUCUUUGCAUCUACUUCAACUUUGUUUAUCAGCUUUUCUAGACAGGCACCCUUCCCUCCCUUCCCCGGAAAGAUAGCUGCCACUUGGGGUGGUCACCCAUCGUCAGUGUCCCUUUCCGCAAAAGUGGUCGAUCAGAGAACUCCUGUGAGACAAAGCCUUCGGUUUUUCUUCGUAAAGGUUGUUUUCCACUGACGCGUUUUUGGCUCCGCACGUUAAUGCACGUAAAUAUUAAUCACGUAAAUAAAAUAGAGGCAAGAUAAAAAGUGCUGAGCUUAAACGAGAAGUUGGGCGAGGUUCAAUUUCAACUUCUACGCCUACGAGCGACUUUUCUUGCAUUGCCUCUAUUUUAUUUGCGAACGGAAGUUUAACGCACGUACGUAGAAAAUACGCGACACUGGAAAUCAACCCUUACUCGAGAAGGAUAUAAUGUCUCACCAUUUGCAGACACAAAAAAGGCAGCACAUUGUACUUAGUUAGGUUUAGAACCCGGAGUGUUGGUCCGGCCGCUAAGGUUAUAUGAGAAGGGGAUGCCCAUAUCACUAGGGUUUGGGAAUGGGGAUGCCCAAAACGUGAGGAUGCACAUAUCACUGUAACACCGGGCCUACCACACAGAGGUCUGGUGGUGGAAACGCGGUUGUAGUUGACCUUGUUUUGAUUCAACCCUUCCUGCUUUCAUAUGUAAAUCACGUUGUUCUUAUGCCAAAUAGUAUUUUUAAAGCAUAAUUUCCACAAGAAAAGGAAGGAGGUUUAUAUCAAAACAAGGUCAACCUCAGCCUCACUUUCACUCAAAGGCUAUGAUGCCAAGCCCCAACUAUACAAUGGUCUAUUGAGCUAACCAGUCAGCGGUUUGUCUGUGUUGCAGUGGAGCUCGUCAUUCCGGACAACGCGAAUGUUUACUACGCCAUGAAUUCAAAUGUGGAUUCCCUGCUGUUCAAACUCAAGAAAAAGUAGAGCGACGUCCAUGUAAGGUGUGUUAUUGGUUUCUACUCUUUCAUGCGUUAUUUGCCUAGUAUCUUGUUGUCACUAGUGAUAAAGUAGGAAAAGGAAAACUGGUUCAAGACUCAAAAUAAAACACACAGCACGAUCUUCUUGCAGUAAACUCUAUAUUAUUUGUUAGGCCCUCUCCCACGUAUUGCUCUAGGUGCCAGAGGCUUUUCAUGCGUAGUUUCUGGUAUCGGUUGGGCCUUCGGCCGAAGACUUUUCGACCUGCGGGCGACGAAGCUCCUCGUCGCACGGGAGAAACUCUGGUACACAGGGUACCCACGUAUUUGUUUGUAUUUGAAAGCGGAAAUAUUUUUCCCGUUUUCCAAAAACAAUUGCGUCCAUGCAUGUCGUUUAGGAAUCGUUUUUGCUUGGCCACACCUGUCCGUUUCUGUUUGAAAAGCAAUACUUUUUUUUAAUCUUUGGCUUUGAAUCGUUCUUACAUUUAAAGCUUCGAUUUUCGAGACCGGCGGUAAAAGUAGCUCUGCUGAUUUAGUCUUGGCCUUGUCAGUAACAAGCUCGAAAAUUUAAGCUUUGAAAGAACAUUAUUUUAGAUUUGCCAUAGGUCUGAAAGAAGGCAAAGUUGCUGUCAAGUUUCGUUUUUCGGUGACUGUUGUUGACGGAGUACAUAAUCAUAAUUUCUCGUUGCGCCAGUGGGCGCAUAAUGAUACGCGUGGAUGGAAAGCCAAUCUACAGGAAAUCGGGUUUCAAAUGUUUACGGUCACUUGUGUCAGUGUAUCCAGGGUAUCUAGGUGGCACACUUCUAAAAUGUACAAGGUGGCUUUUAAAGUUAGAUACACAUACUACUAUGAACACUUUCUUUCCCUUUUUUUUCAGGAAAGUGCCGUCAAAUCAUCGCAGAUGCCUUGAAUGGAAGCUCUCAAGGUACAUUAAAGGGCUGUGCCUCAGAUUGAGUAACAAUGAAUUCCUGGAUCCUGUCUUUCAGCAGCACAGGAACUUCCUUCAGACCCCAUAUGCAUGGAGAAAAAUUGUUCCGUGGAAUAGGGUCAUUCUCCAGUGCCGGAUCUAGACCUUGAGAUCACAGACCCUGUGAUAAGAGGCGGGGGGGUCUCCAAAUUAUUUUUUCGACCCUUCGGGCCUUACUUUGGUCUAAAAAUACGGGGGGGGCAGGGCCCCUCGGGCCCCUCCCCUGGAUCCGCCAAUGUUCUCCCAGCCAAGUCAACGUAAGCGAGUGCUAAAUGAGAAACAAGCUGACCCCUUUGCCCGAGCCAAGAGCUGGCAACAGCGCACGCGAAUGCUGUGAUUGUCUCGCCCUGCCCGAUUCGACGCAACUGGGCGAGACAAAGUGUUUAUGUCAUUAUGGAAAAAAGUGCUCAGCUCGGAGGGUGACCCUACCAUCGAUAAAGGGCAGUGACCCGGCUAGGUGGGUCACCCUUCUAGACGAGCCAUCUUUUAGUUUCUCAUGUAAAUGGUUGGCCAAGUUUUGUAAGGAAAUGUAGGAAAAGUUGGCUCGUCCUGGGUUGUUCAGGCAAGCGAGUGACCCUUCUCCCCGUGGCAAGUUUUCUCCUUAUAAAUGGGGCCUCAGUUUUAACAGGGUAUCGUACAGAGUCUUGAAUUCCUGAAAAAGUCUUGAAAUUUGCCCAGCAAUUUUCCAGACUUGGAAAAAGCCUGGAAAAUCGUGAUAAAGUUCGGAAAAAUGGUACAAAGUCUUGAGGGUUUUUCAAAGCUACAACACUUGCUUUACAAGUGAAUUUUUUUGUUUUUGUUUUGGUCAAAUCUUAUUCAAUCUCGGCCUCGUACUUUUGCUGUGCAUUAUGAAUAAAGCUUUGUUCCUGCUUUUUUUAAAGGUCUAUAUUGAUCAUAUUUGAUAACCUUGAGUCUGGGAAGGGAAUUAUUGUGUUGGAUAAAGGUCUGGAAAAAGUCUUGAAGUUUGGAUCCAAAACUCUGUACGGACCCUGACUAUACCUCCUUAAAUGGAAGCCAAAUCUUGGACCGUGCACUUGGUCUAGAGGAUAUUUCUCUAUGUACACGACUCUGAAAAGAUUUGGUACACUAAUGUCGAUGCUGAAACUUCACUUAAACUGGUCUCUUUGACAAUGUGAAACACAUACUUUUGCCCCGCUUAUUACGUGCUAAGAAUUGCAUUCGCGCGCUUAAUUAGUAUAAUAGGUUUCUAAAUGACUGUUGUACAAGCGAAAGAGUUUAUUCUAUCGGCCGUGGCUUAAGGACGACGCCUCAUUUCAUACUUAUUCUGGGAGGUGACCAAUUAAGCUGGACGUUUUAACUUAGGCCCCGUCCACACGUUAUCUGGUUGUUUUUGAAUCCCCAUUUUUUUUUCGGGAACGGCUUCCGUCCGCUCCUAUCGGGUGAACCCGGCAUACGAAUCCGCAACUUUUUUAAUCCGCUCUCCAGAGUGGAAAUUUUUGAAUACGCUUUGAAUCCGGAAUCGUGUGGACGCUAAAUCCGGAUAUUUUUUUAUCCGGUGACGUAACAAGAUCGAGCCCAGUGCUUUACCGUGAAUACGGUGCUCAAGGUGGUAACCUCGACGCAUGCUCUGUUGCCAAUAUUCCCAGAGGAGUCCUGGGUACUAGAGUGAAUCCGGAUUCUUGGUUUGCAAUCACGUGACAAGGUGGCGAUGUUGGGGGUCAAAAUAAUAGAAUUUUUUGUCGAAGAAUUUACAUGAAAAUAGAGUUUAGUUCCCAGGGGAGAGAUCCUUUUGUUCUUGACCAUCAACAUGGCCACCGUGACGUCACAUGCUUACCAGCAAUACGUAUCGACGUGAAAAUUUUUUAAUCCGGAAAGAAAAAGAUGGGGAUUAAAAAGUAUCUGGAUACGUAUGAACGGGGCGUAGCCUUUAGCGUUGUGCAAGGCGGACUAGGGAGCUUCAUGAACGACCAAGGCGACGGCAGCGAGAACGUCAAGAAAGCAAUAGGUUUAUGAAGCAACACAACAUCUUUGCACGUGCGUCACGCUUUUUUUGUGCAUUUCUUUGCUGUCACUGCACGCGACUACGACCUGAAGUUUCAUGGAGGACGUUAACAAGGGACGACGAAUUUUACUUAAAGGCGGUCCCCAAGAAAUCAACUCCCGGCAUAUUCGCCUACAUUUGACAUUUUCAGCGAACUGGAAUAAACGUGGCAAAGUGUAAGAAAAGCGAAUUCAGUUUUAAGGUGAUGUUCUCGCUGCUGUCGCUGUAGUCGAAGCUAAAACUCGCUUAUAUUCCUACCCAUGCGGCUCCGCUUUAGGGUUGCGAGUGAAGAAAUAGAAGGAAUAAAAAUAAAAUAAGGGAAAAAAGGUCCUCGUUUCCCCUACUCCUACGGCCAUGAGCUUUGUUCUACCUUUCUAACAUUUCAACCAAUUCUAUGACCAAAUAGCUAGUUCCUAUCAACACACACAACUCAAAGAAUUUGCUAUGACUGGCUCAUUUCGCUUUCGACAGUUUAAAGAAGCCGCGCAAUUUUAUUGUGGAUAGAAGAAAAAAUAUUUCUUGUAAAUAUCAAUAAAUUGUAUAUUAAUUCAAAAAGCAAAGCAAGAUGGCUUGAUUCCCCUCCUAUGAGGGAAUUUUAAAAUUUGAAAGGGCUAUUUUCUUAACAGAAAAAUAAAAAAUAAUAUUCACACGUUGACGUGAAGCAAAAUAUUUCUCUAUUUUUAUGGUUUUAAUAGCUGUGGCUGUAAAUUUGUUCAUAGGAAAAAUCCAUUAAACAAAGGAGAGUUGUGCUUCUAUUGAUAUUAGUAAGGGUAUCUACAGUAGUUAAAACAAUGUGAAAUAUUUCAAAUAAAAUUAAAGAACACUGGU